CGUAGCUCAAUUGCGUCCCAACUCUGAACGGUGUCGCACGCGAUCGCGUUUUUCGCAUCGUUACCGGAAAAAAACCCCCACUGAAGGCACCGGGCCAGCCGGCUUUGCCUCGCUGCUUUUCUGGCAUUUUUAUUUUUCCCCUUCGUCUCGCUAUCAGCUUCGACCCAUUUUGAUUUCUUCCUGAGGUGAAAAUAAAAACAACAUGUUUUCACGAACGGUCGUGCUGUGUGCAUUGGUAGCAUCCCUCGGGUGUCUGGUAGCAGCCCAGGAUUCGCUCGAUGACCUAUAUCUGUCGCUGUACAACUUGACGGAAAACAAAAAUACUAUUCCGGAUAGUACCCCUGCUCCGGCCGUCACACUGAGCACGGCACCACCAGCCGCACGUCAACCGACUUGCCAAGGCGAGUGCGUCCAGUAUUAUCUAUGUAGCAGCAACCAAAUCAUCACCGAUGGGGCUGGAAUUAUCGACAUUCGUGUCGGUGAAGAUCCGGAGGAGGAGUCGGAGUGUCCGCACUUCCUGAACACCUGCUGCGAGAAGCCGGACGUUAUCGAAGAGCCACCACUGUCGGUUCUUACAACACCCGCACCUCCGGUGCCAGUUCCUGGUAAGGCCAGCCCGAAAUGUGGUUUGCGUAACGCCAAAGGACUUGGAUUCCGCAUUACUGGUAACGUGAACGGCGAAUCGGAGUACGGUGAGUUCCCGUGGAUGUUGGCGGUACUGCGCGAGGAGCGGGUAGCUGACAGCAGUCUUAAUGUGUACGAGUGUGGCGCAUCGCUGAUUGCCCCGAACGUGGUCCUGACGGCGGCCCACUGUGUGUACAACAAGCAGAAGGAUCAGCUGCUGAUCCGUGCUGGCGAGUGGGACACCCAGACGCGCGAUGAGCUGUACGCGCACCAGGAUCGCCGCGUUGCCGAGAUCAUCACGCACGAACAGUUCAACAAAGCUUCGCUGGCUAACGACGUCGCCCUGCUGAUCCUCACCGAACCGUUCCUACUGGCCGCGAACGUGCAGCCGAUUUGCCUGCCUCCGAAGGGACACUCGUUUGAUCUGAGCAAGUGUUUCGCCUCCGGCUGGGGCAAGAACAUCUUCGGCAAGGAGGGUAAAUACCAGGUGAUCCUUAAGAAGGUGGAGCUCCCGGUUGUCGCCAACAAGCAGUGUCAAGAUUCGCUCCGCACGACUCGACUCGGCAAGCGGUUUAUACUGCAUCCGAGCUUCAUGUGCGCAGGAGGUGUCGCCGGCCAGGACACGUGCCGUGGAGACGGUGGAUCGCCGCUCGUUUGCCCGAUUUCGGGCGCCCCAGACUACUACUAUCAGGCUGGUAUUGUAGCGUGGGGUAUCGGCUGUGGUGAACAUGGUAUCCCCGGCGUGUACGGCAAUGUGCAGUACUUCCGCGAAUGGAUCGACAAAGCAUUGGUGGACCGCAGCAUUCUGGCCCGUGACUACGUCUACACUCCGUUUCCAACGGUCUGCACCGGACGAUGCGUUCCCCGGAAUAACUGUGAGACGGACGACGAUGACCCGCCACCGGAUGUGGACUUGCGCGUUGGACAAGAGGACUCGGAGGUCAUAGGCAACUGCAGUCACUAUCUGGAUCUAUGUUGUCCACUUGAUAUGGUCAUCGAAGAGCCUCCGCCUCGGCAGGAGGAAAAGUUUCGACCUUGCGGCCAACGCAAUCCGGAUGGAGUCGGUUUCCGGCUCGGUGGAGGAAAGGUGGAAGAAGCGGAAUUUGGUGAAUUCCCUUGGUCGUUGUUAGUGCUGGAGUUGCAGACACUCUUCGACUUUGAGGCAAAGGAAGUUUACGUCUGUGUUGGUUCGCUAGUAGCACCGAACGUCGCGCUCACAGUGGCUCACUGUGUCGUCAAUCGGACGGCGACUGACUUGGUAGUUCGAGCCGGUGAAUGGGACACCCGGACCGAGAGUGAGGUACUUCCGUACCAGACCUCACCGGUAAAGGAGGUUAUAGUGCACGAGAAAUACAACAAGCAUCACCACAACGAUGUGGCCCUGCUUGUGCUAAAGAAUCCCUUCCAGGCGGCCGAAAAUGUCCAAACGGUGUGUCUUCCGCCACCGAGCGUUCGUCCAGCGACCGGAGAGGAGUGCAUUACCGGUGGCUGGGGAAAGGAUCGGUUCGGGAAGGAAGGCAUCUACCAACAAAUUCUGAAACGUGUGUCCCUACCGAUCGUCGACUCUGCCAAGUGCCAGGAAGCGCUACGCAAGACACGCUUAGGACAGAAGUAUAAGCUGCAUAGUACGUUCCUGUGCGCCGGCGGAAAGAAAGAUGCGGACGUUUGCUCCGGCGACGGUGGAGCGGCCCUCGUGUGUUCGGUAGCCGGAUCGGAGACCUCCUACUAUCAGGCGGGCAUCGUGGCGUGGGGAAUUGGGUGUGGUGAUGAGAGCAUUCCCGGGGUGUACGUCGAUGUUGCAAACACGCGUUCCUGGAUCGUGGAAAAUCUCAACUCACUCAGCGUCGAUCCUGCGUUCUACACCAACUGCAGUGGACGGUGUGUCCGACGGGAUUAUUGCCUUACGGACGAAGACGACCCGGCACCGGAUGUGGACUUGCGCAUCGGGCAAAAAGACUCGACGGUCGUGGGCAACUGUACGCACUAUCUGGACCUGUGUUGUCCACCUGAUUUGAUCAUCGAAGAGCCACACCAGACAGCGACGCACGAGCAAAAGUUUGCGUCCUGUGGAAAACGCAAUCCAGAUGGGGUUGGGUUCCGGCUCGGUGGAGGAAAGGUGCAAGAAGCGGAAUUCGUUCUGGAAUUGCAAACAAUCUUCGACUUUGAGGCAAAGGAAGUGUAUACAUGUGUUGCCUCGUUAGUAGCACCGAACGUUGCGCUUACAGUGGCCCACUGUGUCGUCAAUCGGACGGCCACAGACUUGGUAGUUCGAGCCGGUGAAUGGGAUACCCGGACCGAGAGUGAGGUACUUCCGCAUCAGACCUCGCCGGUGAAGGAAGUUAUAGUUCACGAGCGAUACAACAAGCACCACCAUAACAAUGUGGCCCUUCUUGUGCUACAAAAACCCUUCCAAGCGGCCGAAAACGUCCAAACGGUGUGUCUUCCACCACCGGGCGUUCGUCCAGCGACCGGAGAGGAGUGCAUUACCGGUGGCUGGGGAAAGGAUCGAUUUGGAAAAGAUGGCGUCUAUCAACACAUCCUAAAGCGUGUAUCCCUACCGAUCGUCGACUCUGCAAAGUGCCAGGAGGCACUGCGCAAGACCCGGUUAAGUCAGAAGUUUAGGCUGCAUAGUACGUUCCUGUGCGCCGGUGGAAAGAAAGAUGCGGAUGUUUGUUCCGGCGACGGUGGAGCGGCCCUCGUGUGUUCGGUGGCCGGAUCGGAGACCUCCUACUAUCAGGCUGGCAUCGUGGCGUGGGGUAUUGGGUGUGGUGAUGAGAGCAUUCCCGGGGUCAUCACUUGCCACUCUAGCACUAUGUUCGUCAGCAACAAAGUCCUGCUGGCCACGCUAACGAUCGUAGCGAUCGUUACGGCCCAGCAGCCGAUCGAUAAGAUCUUCUUCCCCGAGAACGAUACCAUCCUGAACUUUGCCAAUCGCGUCGGCGAGGGUGACGGGGCGGUACAGGCUGGCUCACAGGAUCCUCUGGAUGCGCUGCUGCCCACCGUGCGCCCGCAGACACUUUUGACCGCGCAGGGUGAACGGUGUACCUGUGUGCCGUACUUCACCUGCCAGCCGGAGCCCGAGUUUGCCGAGCAGAACAAGUUUAACGAGAUUAACGUAAACUACAAUCCGGACAGCUGUCAAGAUGUGCUGGAUGUGUGCUGCCGGGAUGCCGAUUCCCUGGUCGUGCCAAUGAACAAUACUCCCGGUGAACUUCCGGUCGGUCGGCCGCGUGGUUGUGGACUGCGCAACAUCGGUGGCAUCGAUUUUACUUUAACUGGAAACUUUAACAACGAAGCCGGAUUCGGCGAGUUCCCAUGGACAGUAGCCAUCGUAAAGACGGCCGAUGGUAGUAGCAGCUGUGGAGGCUCGCUGAUCCAUCCGAAUCUCGUUCUUACCGGUGCACACUGCGUCCAAGGUUUCCGCAAGGGCCAGCUUAAGAUCCGCGCCGGCGAGUGGGAUACGCAGACGACCAAGGAGCGCCUACCGUAUCAGGAGCGUGCCGUUACGCGUGUAAACAGUCAUCCGGACUUUAAUCCGCGUAGCCUUGCCAACGAUAUCGCCGUGCUCGAGCUCGAUCAACCGAUCCAGUUGGCAGAUCACAUCAACGUGGUCUGUUUGCCGCCGGUUAACUUUGACACGCGUCGCACCGACUGCUUUGCCAGCGGCUGGGGAAAGAGCCAGUUCGGUAAGGCGGGCAAGUACAGUGUCAUCAUGAAGAAGGUCCCAUUGGGACUCGUGGCUUCGUCCACCUGCGAACGGCAGCUUCAGGCUACCCGUCUUUCUAACCGCUUCCGGCUGCAUCAGACGUUCCUGUGUGCCGGCGGAGAACGUGGUGUGGAUACGUGCGAGGGAGACGGUGGCGCACCACUCGUGUGCCCGAUCGGUGCGGCCAGCGACAACCGGUACGCCCAGGUUGGCAGUGUAGCGUGGGGUAUCGGUUGCCACGAUGCCAUCCCCGGCGUGUAUACCAAUGUGAUUCUGUUCCGAUCCUGGAUCGACAACGUUGUGAGAACUCUCGGCUUCGAUACGACCGUGUAUGAUGCAACACAGUCUGCAUUUUCUUCCCUUUUCGCCUAAUUGACUCCCGCGACCUCUGCACACCAACGGUAGACUACACGGGUUACACUGCUUUUAAGAACUAGAAAUAAAUGAUAAACGAAAUAUGCUACCUAUAAUUUCUAGCAUAACUGAAAAUUA